AAAAACCACACCAUGAGAAAUUCUUGAAAAUCAACUUCCGAGAACAAAUUUGAAUAAAAUGCAUCCUCUGACAUUAUAAUGUUUUUCUGAAGAACCAGUUAAGAGAAAAUCGUGAAACUUUGGAAGCGAAACAAGACAAGUUGGACGUUCAUCAUAUAAAAAUUUGACAUAAGAAAAAUUCUUAAAAAUCAGUCACUGUCUGCCAACUCGUUGACAUUUAUCAAAACCAUUUCCUAUCAAUCCCACAGAAAAUUUACAGUAAAAAUGUCCGAAAGGCCCGAAAUAACUCAGAAAAAACCUGCACCCGUAGACAUUUACGACGAAGAAUUUCACAACAACUUGAAAAUAGCCAAAGGUUUCAUAAGCGAAUUGGGAUCUAGAGGGGAUAAACAAAUUUGCCGUAAAUGGAUUCAAAAACUGGUAAACCUAAAAUCCGACAAUCCGGUUGUAAAGAAAAACCGAAAUUCUUUUUUCAAAUACCUGCUGUGGGUUAUGGAACAGGCGAUUAAGGAUUCAGCAUUCAAAAUUGAAGGAGAUGGUAAACAAGGUGCCACAGACGAUGACAGUUUUAUGUGCAAAUGGUCCAGUGAUAAGAGAACUUAUAUGGCGGCCAAACCUUUGCCCGGAUUAGGGACGUUGGUUUAUAUGGCUGUAUCGAAGGACCCUACUUUAGGCUGGGACCACCCUUAACGUCUCUUUCUGCCUGCGCUGUUUUUGCCGCCACUUCUCUGGCCCUUGCCUCCUUUAGGUUUUUUGCCCAUUUUAUUUUUGCUUUUGCUACCGCCGCCCUUGCUUCUUUCAUG